AUGGACAAGAAAGAAUUUCGCCGUUUAUAUAAGAAAAUGUAUGUAAAUAGUCAAUCCAGCAGUCUUCCCAGCGCUUUACCACCAUUGUUCACUGAACACGAAUUGAAUAAGAUGUCAGAUCAUGUAUUUGAAACUUAUGAUUUUGAUGGAACAGGAAAGUUGACAUUCGAGGAAUUUGCUGAAGCUUAUCUGAUGCUCACUCAUUAUCCAGGUAUAUCGACAAAAGAUAUUACAUUUCGUGAUCGAUUUAACUACAUUUUGGAUCAAGGCAAUCCUACACCUGAUUUCAUCACACGUGAACAAGGUGAACGGAUAUUCAAUCGUCUCAAUAGAUAUAACAAAUGGAUAAAUUCUAAAAUCACAGCAUCGAUUGACUCGUCGAAGCCGGUGACUACUAACUGGGAAUCUCAUUGGAGCAAACUCGAUGAUGGUAGUGGUCGGUGA